GAUAUUAACAUGGAUUGCGUUGUAUUUUUUUCAGUAUGACAUGAGAGACCUGUUUAUUGUCCUCAUGUUUGGCUGUUUCUUGUCUUGAUGUGACGCUGCUGUUUAGCCUGUGUUUCUUGCAGCAGUCACUGAUUGCAGUAACUCCAAACACCCGGUGUGGCCCAGUGUGGCGGCUCUACUUCAGCCUGCUGACACACAGUCUCUCCUUUGCAGCAGUUUUCUUUGAUUUGCUUCAGCCAGCUCUUCAUUUACAAGUUUCUUUAGUAUUUCUGCCACAAAAAAAAAAAAAAAAAAAAAAAGAAAAAGAAAAGAAAAGAAAAAGAUGAAAAUAGAAGCCCACGUCUGUUGUUGGAGGGUCCAUAAAAGGGAGAGUGAAAAAUAAAGACAGUUAAAAUAAUUUUAAAAGUAUGUAAGUUGUCAAGUAAUUUUGUUUAUUAAAUUUCCAGCUCUUAGUGCAAAUAAACAAGUCUUAACUGAAAGAUACAUAAAUAAGUAGCUUUUAUUUUUAUUAAGAUUUUUUUUUACAAUUUGUCUUAUAACUUUCUGUCUUCAGCUCACUCUUUUCUCGUCUUAAAUGGCAUUAAAUAUGAUUUUUUAAAGAACAGAAGUAUGUGAGUCGUUUUAUUCUCAGACGUGUAUCUUUCUUUUUUAGCAGGAGGAGUUGGACACCAUUCAGAUAUGUAGACCAGUGGAACAGGCAGGUCUAGCGCCCCCUUAGGUCUCAGACGUAGUAACACUCGCUCCAUCCAUUCCACGCACAGGGGGGACAGGAGCGCGGCUCUGUCAGUUCCUCUGGCCGCUGCUGAGCGCAGGACGAUGCGGUUCUGAGCAGGUGUGUGAAGGACGAACGGACGCUGCUGCGAAAGGAAAUUCCGACAGUCCUGCUAAUGUUUCUUCAGCUCGUCUUCUAGCUGUAACGCCACCUGGUGGUUUUCACUUCAGCACCAUGCUGCACCUCGCCCUGCUGCUCCAUCUCCUGCUCCUCUCACACUCCUCUGCAGAUGUGUCGCUUCGUGGGGAGGCAUCGGACUUUUAUAAAAAUGAAGCCGCAGGUUUCGGGCCAGUAUUUGAGGAGCAGCCGGUGGAUACCAUCUACCCCGAGGAGUCGCCUGAGGCUAAAAUCACCCUAAACUGCCGCGCUCGUGCCAAUCCACCUGCUACAUACAAAUGGAAAGUGAACAAUAUGGAGAUUGACGUCAAUGAUGAAGGAAGCCACUACAGCUUGGUCGGAGGCAGCCUGGUCAUCAACAACCCCAUAAAAAGCACACAUGAAGGAAAUUACUCCUGCAUGGCUUCAAACAUGUUUGGCACCGUCGUCAGCCAAAAGGCUUCAGUGCAGUUUGGAUAUCUCGAUCUCUUCUCCUCAGAGGAGAGGGAGAUUGUAAAAGUCAAGGAGGGACAGGGAGCCGUGCUCCUGUGUGCUCCUCCUCCACACUACCCAGCCGAGCUGUCAUUCCGAUGGAUCCUCAAUGAAUUCCCCACCUUCAUCCCGCUGGACAAGAGGCGCUACGUGUCCCAGUCCAACGGUAACCUCUACAUCUCCAAGGUCGACUCCUCCGACACGGGAAACUACUCCUGCAUCGCAUCCAGCCCUUCGAUUUCAAAGAGCGUUUUCUCCAACUACAUCCCACUCAUGCCUCAAACUGAACGUCCCAUCAGAAAAUACCCCGCUGACCUCAUUGUUAAGUCUCCUGACGUCACCGCGCUCGUGGGGCAGAAUAUCACCCUGGAAUGCUUCGCUUUGGGAAACCCGGUCCCUGAGAUCAACUGGAAGAGGUCUGGUGGUCUCCCCGUUAACCACGAGGUGAGGAUGGAGGGGGCUCAGCUGCAUCUGUACAACGUUCAGCCUGAAGAUGGCGGCACAUACCGCUGUGAGGCAGUGAACUCCAGAGGCAAAGACCUCCACACGGCACGUGUGACUGUAGAAGCUUUUCCUGAGUGGGUGGAGCACAUCAGAAGCACAGAGAUGGACCUUCACAGCGAGUACACGCUGUCCUGCAAAGCCAGCGGAAUACCCAAGCCACGCAUCCACUGGCUGAAGAACGGAGAACCAGUGGACCAUAAAGAGAUAAAGUUCAGCAGCUUGACCUUUGAUGAUUCAGCGAUGUACCAGUGCAUGGCCGAGAACCGCCAUGGAGUCAUUUAUGCCAACGCAGAGCUGCGUGUGUUUGCCUGUGCUCCAACAUUUGAACACAAUCCAGUAAAGAGAGUCCUGGCUGCGAAAAAUGGUCGGGUGGUGAUUGAAUGUCGACCAAAGGCCGCUCCCAAACCUGCCCUGUCCUGGAGCAAAGACACGGAGCUGCUGUCCAACUCCAGCAGGGUGUUCGUCUGGGAGGACGGCAGCUUGGAGAUCCUCAACGUGACACCAGCAGACCAGGGCAGCUACACCUGCUUUGCUGAGAAUGACCGGGGCAAAGCCAACAGCACAGGCUCUCUGUUGGUCACAGAGUCCACAAAGAUCACCUUGGCUCCGUCCAAUGCAGAUGUUAAAGUGGGUGAAAACGCCUGGAUGCAGUGUACAGCGUCACAUGACUCCUCGUUGGACAUCACCUUCAUCUGGGCACUGGACGGUCGAGUCAUCGACCUUCACAAGAACCGGCAACAUUAUGAACGCAUACAGAACGGGAGCUCCAAUGGCGAGUUGUUGAUUAAAGACGCGCAGUUGAGGCAUGCUGGGCGCUAUACCUGCACCGCACAGACGCCCGUGGACAACAUCACUGCCUCGGCCCAGCUGGUCGUCAGGGGUCCCCCCGGCGCUCCAGGUGGGGUGAGAGUGAUAGACAAAACUGACAGGAGUGUGACGCUGCAGUGGAGCCGCGGAGCAGAUAACCACAGCCCCAUCUCCAAAUACACCAUCCAGUACAGGGAUUCUCUGGUGAAGGAUUCCUGGAAGAAUGCCACUACAUCCCCUGCGAUUGUAGAAGGGAAUUCAGAGACGGCUACAGUGGUGGAUCUGUUCCCUUGGACCGAGUACGAGUUCAGAGUAAUAGCCACCAACACUCUGGGGACGGGAGAGCCCAGCAUCCCCUCCCCUAAAGUCCAAACCCUGGAAGCAGUUCCUGUGGUGGCGCCCUCGGACGUCAGUGGGGGCGGAGGAACGAGCAGAGAGCUGACCAUCACGUGGACGCCCGUCCAGCCCCGGUACUACUACGGUCCAAAUUUUGGAUACAUUGUGGCCUUCAAACCUCAGGACGAUGACCAGUGGAGAAGGGUGACGGUGACUGACCCACAGGCCAACCGCUACGUCCACAAAGAGUCCUCCAUCCCCCCUUUGACCGAGUUUCAAGUCAAGGUCAAAGCAUUCAACAGUGAAGGAGAGGGGCCGUACAGUGUCACAGUGGUCAUUUACUCCGCACAGGAUGUUCCAUCUGAGGCGCCUGCAAGCGUUGACGGCAAAGCUCUCUCCGCCACAGAGGCCAUCGUGUGGUGGCUGACCCUCCCACAGGGCAAUAUUGAUGGAUACCAGGUGACGUACUGGAGGAGUCAGGAAGAAGGUGGGGGUGGGGCUCAGAAGGUGGUGGUGUCUGGCAAGGAGAACCACACCAGGCUGGAGGGAUUGAAGCCCAACUCCAAUUACCUCAUCGAGGUUAGAGGCUACAACUCGGCAGGAUACGGGCCGGCCAGUGAACACCUCCACAUCCACACCAAGAAACCACCUCCAAGUCGACCCCCAAAAAUCAUAGGUAAAAAACUAAAGGGCAACUCUGUAAAUAUUGCCUGGGAGAAUGUGGAGCCGCUGGAUAACGAGGCUCCUAUAGAUGGAUACAAAGUGCUGUACAGGCAGCAGGGCCAAACCGCAGGCACGCUGUACACCACCAGCAGGAGGUACAUAGAUCUUCCUCUGCCGCAAGAUGGGAACUAUAUUGUGGAGGUGCGAGCGCACACAGAAGGAGGAGACGGAGCUGUGGCACGAAUCCACAUCACAGGAGGAGGUGUGAUGUCGGCCCAGUCUCUCAGCGUCCUCUCGCUGCUCCUGGCUGCUCUCCUCAGCCUGGACCUCUGAAUGUAGCACCAUCUCUGUCUUCAUUUCUGGUGAGAAAGACAGGUUAACGCCUGUAAGGACUUCGGGACUUUCCAAAAUCUUCUGGUUCAACCCUAUAACCUGGAUGUCAUAUUCCAGCUCUUCCCCUCUGGGAUUUUUACGUGGGACAAAUGGAUGGAAGAGGGAAAAAUUGAAUAUAGACAAAGACAUCCCUUAUUUAUCCACACAAGGCGUCCAUGGAGCAGUGACAUAGGAGUUCAGUCAACUUUUUAAAUAUGCCUUACAUAAACAACUGCACUUAGCUUUCACAGUUACCUGUUUUAAACCGACGGACGGAAGAUGUGGACAUAACACUGUGCACAGGUCUUGUUGUUGUUUUUAUUUUAUUUUUCCCCUUGAUAUUUCUACAGUUUGUUCCCUGUGUGAAGGUGAAGAAGAAGUAGCUGUGACGGAUAAGUGUAUGAGUUUGUCAAACUCCCUCUCCACCUGCAGUUCAACAGCAUUUUCUUAUGUUUUUCUAAACGAAGCACAUCUUCACGAAGCACAAAUCUCAGCCUUACAUAUCCAUGAUUUCAUAACACGAAUUAUAUAGACACCAGAUGUUUAUGUUCAACAUAUCUGAAUAUUGUUUUUCCUUAAAACCUGCAGUUCUCUGUCGAAGAGUUAGGCAGAUGUUUAAAAUGGCAGUAAGAGUUCUUUGACAAAUUUCACCUUUUUUUGUGAGUGGACAGAGAUUUUUUUUUUUUUUUUUUUUUGAGAUUAUAAUCAUUCAAACAAUUUCCUCACAUCUGUGAAGUUAAACCUAGAGGCCGUGCAACAUAACAUGAGUGAUAUGAUUUUGGGACCAGAAAAGAUCGACUGGUAGAUCAGUCAAAUUAAACAUAUUAUUCUGCAGGAGAUGAUAGUCUGGGCUUCCAGGGAGAAUAAUCACUGUCUACAGGCCACAGUGAAGCAUGAUGGGCUGUUUCUUGAAAAUCUGGGUCAGCAGUUUUGCAAAGGGAGUGAGGGAUUUGUUCAGAAAUAAUGGUGACCUCAAAGCUGAGACUCUUCUAAAGCAGUACCAUCAGGGGAGGGAUCUGAUUGGACGCUUCAGCAGAAAAUAUCUGGACUGCGAAGAAGAGACAGAAGCCAAAGGCAGGUAACGCGAUACGUGUCAUUUCGGUUUCUGCAAUCAUAUAUAUAUGUAUACUGCAUAUAUAUAUGUAUAUAUUUAAAAGCUUCCAAAUGUGAAAGUAUAAAUACUUUGCAGCUGCCUGAUUUCACAGUACUGCACGUCAAUGUUAUUAUGGACCAUUUUCUUUUUUAAUUCAGUGCUUUAUUCAGAAUCGUUACACUACGGUACCGUUGUGUGCAUGUACAGAAGGGUGGUUGAGCAGGUGCGGGAUGUUUAGGUUCGAAGGCGAUAUUUGAAAAACUGAAUGUAAACAUAUCAACCCAGUCAGCCUUUGUGGAUUUCCUUUAGACCCGUGCAACACCCCCACCUCCCUACACCCACAUUCUGAAAAGUGGGCAACUUGUGAGCCAUACAGCUGGCCCAUUUUGAACCUGUGCCCCAACUGGUGACCCACACGAACAAACAUGCUGGACGGAACUUGCCUUUUCAAAUACAAAACUGCAGCAAAGGUGUUUUAGUCGUCAUAUCGGUUACAUUUGUACUCGUGUGUAGUGAUCAAGUUCAAGUUGGCAAAACGCGUGAGUCGUGCAAAAAAAAAAAAAAUGUCAAUAACAAAAAGCUGAGGCAACAGUUUGUUUUGUUUUUACUGUAUUUUUAUUAGGACUUCAGUGGUUUCUGCUGGUGCUUUUACAAGAUUGUCGGUGAAUUUAUUUCCUAUACAGAAUUUUUCAACUCAUUUACUGUUUUGUACGGACAUUAGUAAUUCUCAUGCUGUUUCAUGGCUGUGCAGUUCAUCCAGUCAACUUUGGGGUUUUUUCCCCUUCAUAUCAUUUGCCAACAAACUGAAUCUGUUCUAAUGCUUUUUUUACAUUACAUAUUAACAGCAGAGCAUCCAUCAGCAGUAAGAGCUCAUCCAAAGGUCUUGAUGUCGUUUGUGCAUUUAUGUUUGUCAUUUAUUAACAUGCAUUUCCUCAUUAACUGUUCUAACGUUUGUUCAAGAUGAAUCCACAUUUUCACGUGCUCUGUUUCUGUCAACAACAAAUGCUGCAUUUUGAAUCCCAGUGAUUUAAUUUCUGUGCGACUGCUGGCCAUGCUUCUACAUUCAGACAGCAUCCACCACAAAGUGCUUUUGCCAGUUUUCCUUAAAGCAACAAAUCAUCAAAAAAAUAGUUGCCAAAUGCAUGAAUGCCUAAAACUUUGACGUUGUUCUCUGUCAAAGCGGUGGAUGUGCAUUCAAACGUGCAUGACUUUGGAGACAAAGUGUACAUUACAUUGCAACCUUUCAACCUCCUGUGCUUAUAUGAAACACAUUCCAUUGCUCAGCGGCAUCCCUACGUGUCAGAGACUGUACAGAUCUAAGCCUAACGUGCGCACUAUCUGGUGAGCCACAUGUUGACGGUCAUCUCAAGUGUUAGUGUGAGGUGAAAAAAGCUUGAAGCAAAGUACAGAAAUCACAGGAAUCCGUCCACGUCCUGAAAUGAUCCUGCGGCUUCAUGAAGAGAAUGGCUGGGGUGUAAAUGGUGUCAGUGGGAGCAUGUCGUGUUGAAUACAGAGGUGCAGUGCUAUGCUGGAUGUCAAUUAUACAUGUGAGGGCUGGAUGUGAAUUGGCUGGCUAAGGAACAAUAAAGGUGUAGUUAACUAUUA